AUUGAUACAUGUGAAUGGGUGUCUAAUCAAAUUGAUGCACUUAGCACCCAAAUUGAAACUGCUGAAGCUGAAGCUGAAUUACUUCAAAGUGCUGUCAAGAAAGGCCGAAAAGAUGCUACAAAGGCUGAUCGGCUAGGUGAAGUGGAAAAUACGAUAGAAAGACACAAGUUCCAUGUGAAUCGGUUAGAAUUAAUAUUGCGUCUAUUAGAAAAUGGUAACAUUCCUGCAGAAAAGGAACCCGAUUUCGCCGAAGAUGAAAACAUAUAUGAUGAACUGAAUCUUGAAGAGGAAGAGGAAUUAUGGGGCAUUACAAACGAAGAUCAUCAUAGUAAUGACGAAUCCAAUUCUGAUGAACCACGGACGCCACCGAAGGACCCUUCAAGUCCGGCAACGUCACCAACAACGAGAAUUGUUGUGCCAAAACCUCCUAUACCUGCAUCUGCUCCAACAAGAAAAACUAGCAAUCCUCCAGAACCAUUACCACAGCGUUCGAAAGAAGAAGAUAAACAAAAACUUCCUCCACCAGCAAUAUUAACUGGUUCUUCAAUAACAUCUGUUAAUAGUCUUCAGUCACCACCAUCCACAUCAGCUGCAUAUCCUCCAUUAAAAUCCGCUCCUCUUACUGGUCCGACACGAACAUUAGCUGCAGUAGUAGCAAAGCAAGGCAUAGAUACAACGCCGCCAGUAUCUACGCCACAGCCAAUUUCGAUAAUAAUAGAUCCUUUGAACGACUCUGAUGAUACCAGCCGGCAGCAUUACUUGCAAUCUAAUGAUGUCCAGCAGAAACAAUCCCAAUUACCACUACCAUCAUCACAAUCCAUAAAUCAACAGCGUGAAAAUCUUUUGCCUUCACAAGAGCAGCCACAACCUCGAGAAAUACCUUCUGUACAACCGCCGGCACCCACUCAUUCAUCAGUGCAAGGGCCUUCCCAGCAUGAACCUCCAUCAUCGGCGGAAAAUCGUAUUCCAGCAGCGCUUGCUGAUCUCGUACAGUCAUAUGAAGCUGCUGAAGAGAAAUGUAAGCAGCGGGCCCUGGGUAAAGAAGAUGGUUUUCAUAUCCAACAAAUGCUGGAUGCAAGUCUUCAAUAUGUUCCGGAAAGCUUAGAUGCCGAAAGGUAUUAUCAUGAAUUUGGUUUGGAA